AUGGCGGAGGCCAUGCAUGCGUGCGCACGCUGCGGACGGGCGAAUGCGGCUGCGGUGUGUUCCAGGUGCAAGCGCCGAUACUGUGGCCCGGAGUGCCAGCGGGAGGAUUGGGUGUCCGGCCACAAGCAGGCCUGUGCCUGGCCGGUGCGGUGCCCGAAGGAGCUGCUGCGGGACCGCCUGCCGCGGCUGGCGCGCCUGGAUAGCGCCCAGGCGCAGGAGUUCCUGCGCGAGGGCCGGGCCUUCGUGGCGCCGGCGGAGGGCUUGCUGGGCCGCAGGCUCCUGAACUGGGACUUCCAGUACUUGAAGGAGCACCUGCCGGCGAGCCAGAGGUACGGCGUGAUGCUGGAUGAGGGCUCCGGAAAGAUUGUGAUGAGCCACUCCGCUCGCAACGGCCAGCGCCAAGUGGACCUCUCCCAGAUCGAGACCCAGAAGCAGUCGGACGAAGGCCUCUUUGGCACCUCCGACCAGACGAGGAUGACCUUCAGCGACUUCUUGGAGGAAGCGCGGAGGUUCAAGGAGUCAGGCGUGGAGCGGUCGUCAUUCCCUCGCAGUCUGGCGAGGCGGUGA